UUGUCAGUUGCAUCGCGAAACUGCCUCGUAUCUCCCGGAGGGACGGUGUGGAGGCUGUGCUGGUGUGCCUUGGUUCACGUGACGUCAUUUCACCCAUCAAUAAAUGCUCACUUACCCAUCUUACACUUGCGCAUAUAUCGCCCUCACAGGCCACAACCACGGGGCAUGUUCCUUGAAAGCUUUCCGCCAGACACACACAAGUAUCCGCAUCGCACAGCAUAGCAUCACAUCCGUCAAGCAGUUCCGCUCCCAAUCAUGGCCGUCUCAACACCCACAUCCACCCUCUCCAACCUCAUCUCGCGGCUCCGCUCAAAACGAAAAUCAAAAUCAAAAUCAAAAUCAAAAUCAAAGGAGCAUAUAGAAUCAGAUACCCGCCCCCCGCUCAUCCCAACCCCCCUUCCCCUCGUCCUCCCCCACCACCAACACCUCCUACCCACCCUGGGCUGGACCACCCUCACGCUGCCCACCAACCCAGCGCAUCCGCUGCAGGCCGCGGCCCAAGCCCUCUUCCUCGCAGCGCAGCAGUUCUUCGACAGUCCCGACGCGGAAAAGGCGCAGUGGAAGCACCGUCUCGGCUCCGAGGAAGGGUGGUCCAAGAUCCCCGGGGAGAAGGAAUUCAUCACGCUGCGGACGGCGGCGUACUGUCCGGCUGUGCUGCGGGAGCCGGCGGCGCGGUACUGGGGGCUCAUGGGCGGCCACUUGGACUCGACGCUCGGCCGGAUUUCCGCGUCGCUCGGACUGCCUUCGGAUGACGGUGCGGGGCUGAGGAGGUUCGUCGGGCCGUGUAAGGCCAUGGGUGCCGCCGAGGCCGACAAGACGGCGUCCAUGUUGAGGAUCUUCAGGUACGAGGGGUGGGACGCCAAGGUGGUUGCGGAGCCGCAUGCGGAUUUGGGCCUGCUGAGCGCGGUGGUGGGCGAUGUGCCUGGGCUGGAAGUCUGGGGUGGGGAGGGCUGGGUCGGCGUCGAGAGGGGUUAUGAGGCUGGGGGCCGCCAGGCGACGUAUACCGUGGGGAGGACGCUGGAGAGGCUGAGCAAUGGAAGGUUUCCAGCGGGCGGGCAUCGGGUCGUGUCGUAUGGGGCGACUCCGACCGAGCAGCAAGAGGCGGGGGAGGUGAAGAAGAGGUAUAGGCACAGCAUUGUAUUUGUGCUGCGGGCGCAUGAGCCGGUUGUGGUGGAGAGCAAGGAGCUCGAGACGGCGAUUACGGGGCCGUGGGCCGUGCCGGUGGGUGGUGUGACGGCGGGAAAGAUGUACGAGGAGAUUCGCGGGCAGCACUUCAACAUCAACAUUGGGCAUGAGGAGCGGGAGAAGCAGCGGCGGAACGUGCGGGAGGGCAAGGCGGAGGGUAAGACACAGGCGGCUGGAUGAUGUUUACAUGUUGUUAAG